AUGUCUGAAACCAAGCUCGUCCCAAACCUUCAUGCCCAGUCGGUAUCUACCUUCGACGCCGGAACCCUCAAUAGCGAUGGAUACGGCGAUGUUUCAGGCUUUACAGCAUCUGGGAUUGACUACGAGAAACUUGUCCGAUCGGAACCAUACGUCGAUGAUAUCUUUCGCAAGCGCGUCCUUAUCGUCGGUGCUGGUAUCACCGGCAUCCAGCAGGCCGCUAUCCUUCUUGAUGAAACCCCCAUCAAGCACGAGGACAUGAUUAUUGUCGACGCCCAAGAGGGAUACAGCGGCGUCUGGGCCAAGAACAAGUACCCAGGCUGUGCCUGCGAUGUGCCGGCCAUUAUAUAUACGACGUCAUUUUUUCCUAACAAGAAGUGGACGCAUUUCUACGCACGCAGGGACCAGAUUGAAGACUACUAUUCCCGAUUUGCGCAUUCGUAUAGCCUCCACCGAUGCACCGACUUCAACUCCCUGGUCCGGGCGUGUAUCUGGGACGACAACCAGAUGGUAUGGCACGUCUUUGUCGAGAAGAAGGGCACAGGCCGUGUCACGCACUGGAUAGCUGACGUUAUAUGCCAGUGCGUCGGCAGCCUGGACACACCCAAGUUUGGCAACACACCUGGCCGCGAGAUCUACAAGGGCGUCUCUUGGCAUACUGCGCACUGGCGUGACGAUUACAGCUUGGCUGGCAAGAAGGUGGCAAUUAUCGGCUGCGGUCCCAGCGCCGCCCAGAUCAUACCCGAGAUCAUCGACAAGGUCGGACAGUUGACCGUAUACAUGAGGACACCACCUGUGUGUGUCCCACGUAAUGACUAUGCUUAUAGCAGCCUCUUCAAAUGGGCAGUCAACUGGGUUCCUGGCUUCCUUAGAUUCAUCCGCUACCGGAUGAAUGUUCGCAUGGGUGGCGCCUUCAAGACAGCCACUAACGAGUCUAAAGAGAACAACAACAUGACAGCCACCUCAAUAGCCUUUAUGGAAUCUCAAAUUUCGGACCCUGCCCUGCGUGAGAAGGUCAGACCCGACUCGAAGUAUUAUUGCAAGCGGCCACUACGCCUGGACAACUUCUAUACCUUCUUGGCCAAGCCUAACUGCGUCGUCCUCCGUGACCGACUCAUUCGCUACACGGAAGCAGGUGUUAUGUCAGCAGACCGCGAGUCUGGGAAGGAGACGGAGAGAUCUUUCGACGUAAUUAUCUAUGGCACUGGCUUUAACACAGCCCAGCACCUCGAGCACGAGACCAUCCUUGGAAUCGACGGCCUCAACCUGCAGAAUAAGUGGACUGACCACCCCGAGGCGCUGUAUGGUGUGGCAACGAACCAGUUCCCCAAUAUGUUUAUGUGCUUUGGACCCAACUCGGCGUCUCUCUGGAACUCACAGCAGGACAACUGGGAGCUGCAGGCCCGCUUUGCGGCCAAGGCUGUUAAGGAGAUCCUCAAGCGUAGCGUGAGGGGCGAGAAGGUCGCCAUCCACCCCACCGCUGAGCGGGAGCGGGAGUACAACGACGAAGUCCAGGUCAAGCAGAGCCAGUUUGUCUGGUCCCAACCGGGGUGCGUCACUUACUACAAGAACGACGACGGCUGGAACACAUACACGAUGCCAUGGACCUUUACGCAGUUCCGGAACCUGCUGGGCAAGAUUCGCUGGGGGGAGUGGACGGUCCUGAGCAAGAGGGCCUGA